AUCCUCAAUUUGGUCUGAGCAGGCUGAACGGCAACUGGCGUCUGGAGUUCGCAGAUGCCACAAGGACGAUGGACUACAUGCGGUUACUAGCUAGAUACGUCAGUUUAUGUCUACUACUCGUCACGGGCGUAGCACCGGUGACAGCAUCUACUGAGGGUGCACCUGUAGUGAACGUUACACCUAAAACUAGUAGACUUAAUGAAAACGGGACAACAUCAGUGAACUGUAAUGCAGUUGGUCAGUCGAACUUGACUGUGACGAUAGUCUGGAAGCGUCAAGGCCGGGUUAUCAAUUCGAGAGAAGUCGGAAGUGGAGUUGGUGUGAAGAAUCCUAGUGGUUAUAAUGUUACUGGGUUGAGUGAGAAUGGGAGAGCUGAGUCGACGUUGAAGUUGAGCAACGGUCAGAGAGCGAUGGCUGGAGAGUAUAGUUGUGAGGCAAGCAACAGUAUCGAUACGACUGUUGAGACGUUUUCUAUUCAAGCUGCUCCCGUUGUUGUUCCUGAUUUCUACGAAAAGAAGAGUGAAACAUUCAAAGAAGGUAGCUUUUUUGAUCUCUUGUGCUCCGUUCAAGGAUACCCUGAACCAAAGGUCGAGUGGACAAUCGGAGGCCGAGUUAUUGUGUCAUCGAACGACAGUACUUGUGUACAACACUUUUCUCAAGGUCAAUGUGAUGGAACGACAUCACGAGUGACUUUGGAAAAUGUCGUCUGUAAUGCUAAUUGUUCGGCUGCUGGAUGUUCGAUUUAUGCAGUUCAGCAGCGUAUCAUCUGCUCAAACGUCACUCCGCUUGUUGUUGUAAAGAGUAGGUUGGUGGUACGGGAAGUGGCUACGAGUGAUAGUGGUGUAUACAAGUGUCUAGGCAGAGUUGGAAAUAUGACGGAUUCUAACAGCACUCUCAUUCGAAUUCACAGCAAGCUGAGACCUCUCUGGCCAUCGCUUGGAAUCAUUAUCGAAGUUAUUAUUCUUGCGAUUAUCAUUUUCAUUACCGAGAAGUAUGGUAAGGUAAAAAAGCGCCGGAAGUCAAAGGCUAGAAACGAAGAAGAGAGCUCAGCCGACAAGAGAGACGGCAACUCACCAUUGUCUGGGUUGAACAGCUCGAGCCAAGCGAAGCCAAGGAAAGAUUGUCUCACAGACGAUGCUAAGUCUGGUACAACCGAUUCUUGUCGUGGUCUGGUUACGACAUGACGGCCUGCCGAGCAUGUCAAUGUAGUCAAUCACAUCUCAUGCUAGGAUGAGUCGACACUGUAAUUAUGUUGAUUGAUGGGGAGUACUUGACCCUUGUGACAGUUCAUGGGAUAUAGUCAGUAGAUCAAUACCCGCAUAUGUUGUGAUUGGGGAUAAAAUGUAUGUAAGUAUGUACAUUGUGACUUUAGUGUCACAUGGCUUUGGGUUUGACAUAUGGGGACAAUCCACUGCAGAUACCGAUGAAUAACAAA